UGGAGCAACCACCACCAACCACCAACAUGACUAGAUAGCAGAUAAAACAUAAAACCAUCAUGCCUCCUAACGUACAGCAGCAACCCAACUGGAUCCGCCAUGGUAGUGGCUCCACUCAAAACAUUCUUCCUUCAGCCAUUCAGCUAUUUAAUAGACUGAUGGCAGUAUCUUACGAGAAUCUUGGGGUAGCCGAUUUGGAGGGAGAUCUUGCCAUCCAGCUGAUAGCCGACUUUGGUGUUAGAAUUGUUGGCAACCCUCCCAUUUCCCCUUCCUCCAACAGACCAUAUGCUGCUUCAACACUGAAAAAGUAUGUGGAGACACUGGCUUUGGAUUUACGAACUCGCUUUGGCACUCAGCCGGCAUUCCUCAAUGUGGAGUUACUACCACACAAUGAAGUUAAUACGAUUACUGCCAAUAUGGCUAAAGCAAACUGCCGCAGUUUGAUGUCUGAGCUCAAUGAAAGUGAUCUUUUCAAAGACAGUUGGCCUCUGGCUAGACAAAACUCUGCUGCCACGCUAAUCUUUCCUACUGGCUUCCAUGAUCCUACAGGGCUGAUCCAAAUGACACGCACUAUCGAUAUGCUGUCUAUUGCUAAGACAUUAUUUCGACGGGGAGAAACUGAAAAUCUUGCCAAGGUAGUCAUCACGUGGAAGAGUGUAGGCCGUGCAGGAGAAGCAAAAUUCUUGACAUAUGAGAAACUGCAUCUAGAUGAUUAUUUGAAUAUGUGUGUCACCAACAUGUUCCAGAAGAAAGAGCUGAGAAGCACACCAGGUGGUUUUGUUCCUGACUGGCAGUUUCCAGAGCUAUGUCCCUUUUUCCUAUUGGGAGCAUAUUGGUGUCUUAAUCAUGGUCUGUCCAGAGAUCCCAACGAUAUGGUUGAUAUGAACUCUCCAGCAUACAGAAAAUCUAAGUAUGUUUUCCAGAGCUUUCAUGCAAUCACCGACGCUCAGGUCUCUACUCAAAUUACAACAAUAAUCAGAAGUGUGCUCCCAGAUCAAAUUAAGAAGGCGUAUUCUGGGCGAUCUCUUCGAUAUGGUGCUAUGACACAGCUUACAUGGAAUCCAUUGGUAACACCAGAAGAGGCCAAUGCUAUUGGUGGAUGGGCUACUGGAAGCAGCAGAGAAAUCUAUAUCUUUGUGUAUCUUGUCGCCAUUAUGCCACCUAUAUUGGCACUGGCCGGGUACCCUAAUCCAAGACACAUCCCAAGUCUUCCUAAUCUUCACCAUCUUUCUACAGACAAUGAUCCAACGAAGGCAAUGAAUCCACAUUUGGUCAAUGCACUCAUUGAUGCUCUUAUUGUUGUAAGCCUUCCUGAAUUCCAAGCUCCCAAUGGCAAGCUUAGGAAGUUGCUUCAUGUGGUGGUGGCUGUCAUGAUACAACACUAUUGCUACGUGGAGGACACAUACAGCAAUUCACAUCCCCUGGUUAUGAAAAUGAUUGAGUCUGUUGUGUCUUCUGGAAUGGCACCAAACCGUGUUACUGCCUGUGAGCUAUUGAGGCACUGGUCAAGAAAGCUCACAACUUACUUUAGACAAGCCAACUCGGCCCAGCAACCAACCAACAACACCAACAAUCCAAUCCAACAAGUAUCUAAUGCAAAUCAACUGACUCAGCUGACCAGUGUCAUUUCCGAAACAAGGAGAGAUCAACUUCAAUUACAACAGACCUUGCUUGCAAGCCAACAACAAAUCACUAGAUUGAAUCAGGAGGUUGCAGAUCUGAAAUCACUUCAAAGGCAACAACUUCAAUCAAAUCAACAGUUGACAUCAAUGAUACAACAGCUACUAGACAGGCAACCAUUAAAUCCACCACAAAACCCCAGGAGAGUUACCCCUGUUGCUGGAAGACAAGCCACAGGAACUCCUGCUGCAGGCCAUGCCCUCCCAAGACAGCCAACUGGAAUUCCCACAGCUGCUGGAGGCACUGGUACUGGUAGCCCCCGGCAACCCAAUCCAAGACAACCUACUGCUGCAGGAGGUACUGGUACCCCCCGACAACCCAAUCCAAGACAGCCUACUGCUGCAGGAGCAGCUGGUACUGGUACUGCUAUACCCCGACAACCUAAUGCUGCCCCUAGACAGCUUAGAGAUGCAACAGCACUCAUAAGAUCUGAUGCUGGCAGAAGGGGGACCAGAGACGAUUCCCAAAAAGUGAAAAAUGUGCUGAUGGAUCUGUAUGCUAACAAUUGUUUCAGAUGUUUGGCAGUUAGUCCGGCUUUGGAAGACCUUGCUAGGGUGGUUCUGAACAGACAGUUCAGUGGUGAGAGCAGAAAUCUCAAUAAAAUCAAAUUAUCCCUUCAAUUGGUUGACUGUAUGUGGAGUAAGGAGUGUCGGCAACACUGCAUCAAUCACUCCUUUGGAAGUAACAGGGAUGCUCUGGAUGCUUUUUUGGCUGUGGACAAAGCUGUGAUACUAUACUGCCACCUCAACAGCAAUCCGAAAAAGCUCAAACCAGACCCCCGAAGGUCCUCUGCUUUACUAGGUGUGGCCAAUACUCUUCAGAAGAAAAAGCUGGAAGUUUUCUUAACUGCAAGUUGCCCAAAUUGGUCUGAGCCCACCCAGACAGGCGGCACUUUGGUAGCUUGGAAUGAACAAGAGCUGGACAGACUCAAAAACCUUCCUAACAAUCCAUAUAGAUAGUACAACUAAGUAGUAAAUUACUUUAUCAAACUAGUUC